AUGUAUGAUGAUAUUUUCCUCGGUUCACGCAUCGAGAAGAGAAACCUAGUACAGCUCCGAAAUCAGAUAAAGCACGUGUUUGGAUCAAGAAGAGUUGGGGAACUGAAUGGUUAUGGGUGUUAUUGUGGAUGGGGAGGAAAAGGAAGACCGGUAGAUGGCGUUGAUAGAUGUUGUCAAGCUCACGAUCGUUGUUACGGCAGAAAUUCAAGGUGCUCCCCGAAAUGGAAUAUCUACUCGUACUCAUUCCGGGGGAAUACAAUGAUAUGUAAAGAUAAAUCUGGAUCGUGUGACCGAAAUGUCUGUAUCUGCGACCGGGAUUUUAUUCACUGCCUGCGAAGGAAUACGUUUAACCGUAAUAAUAUGGAUAGAUGCUGAGUAUGA